UGUGUGGAAGUCUCUGGUCAUUCUGUACAUGUCAAAUAGUCUCUGGUCAUCAGGUGUACCGGCUGCUGAUUCUGUGUCAUUGAAUCACUCAUUACCGUGUCCGCAGUCUCACAAUCAUAGCCGUGUGAGUUCCGCAGUAUCUUGGUCAUCCCCUGGUUACAGUGUGUCUCGCAGUCUCUGGUCAUCCCCUGGUCAUGCCUGUAUGUGUCCAAGUCUCUGGUCAUCCCCGCUGUGUCCGCAGUCUCUGGUGAUCCCCCGGACUGUGUCCGCAGUCUCUGGUGAUCCCCCGGACUGUGUCCGCAGUCUCUGGUGAUCCCCCGGACUGUGUCCGCAGUCUCUGGUGAUCCCCCGGACUGUGUCCGCAGUCUCUGGUGAUCCCCCGGACUGUGUCCGCAGUCUCUGGUGAUCCCCCGGGACUGUGUCCGCAGUCUCUGGUGAUCUCCCGGACUGUGUCCGCAGUCUCUGGUGAUCUCCCGGACUGUGUCCGCAGUCUCUGGUGAUCCCCCGGACUGUGUCCGCAGUCUCUGGUCAUCUCCUGUACUGUGUCCGCAGUCUCCGGUCAUCUCCUGUACUGUGUCCGCAGUCUCUGGUUAUCUCCUGUACUGUGUCCGCAGUCUCUGGUCAUCUCCUG